AUGAAACUUCUCGGGGUGUUGAUCGUUGUUUGUGGUGCAUUUGCCUUUUCGCUGGGUAGUUACGUUGAAUGUGACCUUGACCUGGAGGAUGCGGCAAUUAUCAGCCAGCUGCCAGACCAGUGCCAGCACGUAGAUGACGCCACCAAAGCGUUAAUGCUCGAGGAAGCGGCAAGCUUCAAGCUGUUCCAUCAGAAGCUGUUAAACUACGAAGCAUCCCAAGUUCCCAGCACCGACGAAGGGAUCCACAUGGAUAUGGACUUUCGCAAUGAACUGUACGCAGCCGGCGAGCUGCACACGUGCUUAAGUGUGAACGGCACAGUUCAUCUAUACCUGCGGUGCCUGAUAGAUAAGCGCAGCAAAAUGUUGGAUCUAAUCGAACAAGCCACCUAA